AAACUCUUCAUUUACCAACACCUUUGAAAAAGUAUAAACUGCGAAUUUAUAAUAACGUAAAGGACAAUGCCACCUUCGCCUUCUGUGAUUUCCGAAGGAACUACGGUUGUUCCUCAGCAUGUUAUUGUUCACCCAUUGGUCUUGCUUUCUGCAGUAGAUUCUUACAUUCGUUCUGCACAAGGAUCGAAACGCAGAGUUGUUGGCAUUCUUUUAGGACAAAAUAAUGGCACAGUUGUCAACGUUGCCAAUAGUUACGCGAUCCCAUUCGAAGAAGAUGAAAAGAACUCGUCAGUAUGGUUUUUGGAUCACAAUUUUAUGGAGUCGAUGAAUGAAAUGUUUAAAAAAAUCAACGCCAGCGAAAAACUGAUCGGUUGGUACCACACGGGUCCUCAAUUACGUCCAUCUGACUUGGAGAUUAAUAAUUUACUCAAAAAGUACAUUCCCAAUCCUGUACUUGUAAUUAUUGAUGUCAUGCCUAAAUCUGUUGGAUUGCCAACGAAUGCCUAUUUUGCUAUCGAUGAAAUCAAGGAGGAUGGCUCAAAAUCCAGCAGAACGUUUGUACACCUUCCUUCAAGCAUUGAAGCCGAAGAGGCAGAGGAAAUUGGUGUUGAACAUUUACUACGUGACACAAGAGAUGUCUCUGUUGGUACUCUCGCCACUCGUGUCACUCAGCAAGCUCAAUCCCUGCAAGGUCUUGGUCAGCGCUUGACAGAAAUUGCUGACUACCUCAGGAAAGUUGUGAACGGUCAGCUUCCAAUCAACCACGCAAUUUUAGCUGAGCUUCAAAGCGUAUUUAAUCUUUUACCUAACGUUUUCUCCGGACCUGUAUCUUCGGAACAAGUUUUGCAAUCAGAAGCCCAGCGUGCUUUCAAUAUCAACUCCAAUGACCAGUUAAUGAGUAUUUAUAUUUCUAGCAUCGUUCGUGCUGUCAUUGCUUUACAUGAUCUUUUGGAUUCUCUUGCUGCAAGCAAAACCGUCGAACAACAAGAAAUCAAACCCCUUUUGCAACAAGAAGAAAGUGCAGCUGCGAAUGCUGAGCAGAAGUCAUAAUUUCUUUGUUGGACGUUGUUUCAUCUUAAAAAUUUGGUGCUAAAAUUUUAUGAUUCCUGAAACGUAGUUUGACUGUCUGCUGAUACUUAUUAAUGACUUUAGAAUAGUUUUACCAAAUUAUAUUUUACAGAGAUGUGCAGGUUCUGAAUGUUUUCGGUCUUUAAACGGCUUAUAACCUUACAGAAUUCAUCGAAAAAUAAAGGCAUGGAUAGAAAAUGAACUAUAUAGAUGAUCAUUACAAUAAUACAUUACUUCAAAAGAAGAAUUAAAGAAA